CGGGGAGGUCAGGUGACCCAGCUGGCGUCCCAAGAUGGCGGCGGCGGUGGCGCCUGGGAGGCCGAGGCGGUGUCCGGGCUGUUGAGGUGACUUCGCGGGAAAAGUGACGGGUCGACCGGACAGAAAGGCUGCGGCGGACGCACGGCCGCCCCGUGUGCACAGCCGGCGCUGGGCAGUGCAACAGCGGAGCCGGGGGAUGCUGGUGCUGGGCCGGGCCUCUCUCUCCUCAACUUAGGGCGGCGGCGGGCCCGCACCCCUGGUUCCCGGGCCAUGGCGCUGAGGGAACUCAAAGUGUGCCUGCUUGGGGAUACGGGUGUAGGUAAAUCCAGCAUCGUGUGGCGGUUCGUGGAAGACAGUUUUGAUCCUAAUAUCAAUCCAACCAUAGGGGCAUCUUUUAUGACCAAGACUGUCCAGUACCAAAAUGAGCUACAUAAAUUCCUAAUCUGGGAUACAGCUGGACAAGAACGAUUUCGUGCCUUGGCACCGAUGUACUAUCGAGGGUCAGCAGCAGCCAUCAUCGUUUAUGACAUCACAAAAGAAGAGACGUUUUCAACACUGAAGAACUGGGUGAGAGAGCUCCGCCAGCACGGCCCCCCCAGCAUUGUUGUUGCCAUUGCAGGGAACAAGUGUGAUCUUACUGAUGUCAGAGAAGUCAUGGAAAGAGACGCUAAGGACUACGCUGAUUCCAUCCAUGCCAUCUUUGUAGAGACCAGCGCAAAAAAUGCAAUAAACAUAAAUGAACUCUUUAUAGAAAUUAGUCGAAGAAUUCCAUCCACUGAUGCCAACCCGGCAUCUGGCGGCAAGGGCUUCAAACUCCGAAGACAGCCAUCGGAGCCAAAGCGAAGCUGCUGCUGACGAUCCAGGGCCCCACCCUGAUGAAGAAGCAGGUGGUCCUGGAUGUUGCAGGAGAGCCAGGCCCUGCCACUGGUAGCCGCCUUGUGCUCGAGAGUCUUCUUGAUGCAAAAGGACUCAGAGGAACUGGCUGUUUUGUUCUCUUGGAAGACUGCAAUGGGUGUUUCUGACUGCAGACUUCUGUCUGCAUGCAAAGGGACCACAUCCUUGGUUGCUGACCUAGCUGAAAGGAGCAUCUGAUGUAUGGGUGGUAGGAUUGAAUUGCUGGUACUUGUAAUCAGGAUUUUAUGUAUUAUUUGUAAAGGGAAAUGAGCACUUUCAUGGAUCUUAAGGGAAAGGCUGUGGAGAUGGUCAUCUCCUAGGUCCUCAUCUCUAGUGUCAAAGUCACAUCAUUUAAGAUGUGCAAAGUGACCACAAGGGGAGGGAUGGUUGUUCCUGGGACAGAGUCCACCAUCUCUAAAGCACUUUCAUGCACAGAAAAUUAACACCGCAGCAGCAGCAGCAGCAGCUGCCUGGUUCACCUUGGGUUUGCUUCUGACCCUGAAUGUGUUACCACACACACUAGAUUUAUUGUUACCAUUCUAAAUAAGCCCUCCUGGCCCAGGUGAUGGUGUGGAGAAGCUACCUGGAGCCAGUUGAGUUGCAUGUGUCUAAACUGAUGAGCAGUGGUUUCAAAAGAAGAGAGAAAGAACAAAGGAAAUGAUUCUUUUGGUGGUGUUUUUGUUGUUGUUGUUGUUUUCCUUUGGCCCAGGUAUUUGGUGGGAAGAACAAGUAUGUGCUGCCUAGCAUAUGUAAAUUUGUAGUCUAUAUUUAUGAGACCAUUGCUUAAAAAUUAUAAAUUAUGUAAAUACAUUAUUAAUGUCUGAAUUCCUUUCAGUACUCAUUUAGUCCUGUGCCCAGUCUCACGUGAUCCCACCCGUCUUUCAGCCUGUCCACAGGAAACUCUGAAGUCCAUUUACAUUGUGCAGAAGCAUGGAGCACUUAGCUCACAGCUUCCUUCCUCUUCCCUCACCCUUCUGCAUCCCAUCUGGAAAUGGUAAUAAAGACAUAUGCCUCCUUGACAAGCCUGACUAGUCCUUCCUGCCUGGGGCAAGAGUGAGCCCAGCACUCGUCAUUCACCUAGGGGGAGAGCAAGCACUUCUUAGCUCUUCCAGUGAGCUCAGACCAACUGUUCUAAGAGUGCUUUGCUUACCAUCAGCCCGGCUCACCUCUCUCUCCUUUACUUUCUCUUGCCUCUGUUAGUGCUUUACACUCUUUUCCCUCAGGGGCCUAAUGAGGUUUUUAAUAUAAUCUAAAAAUAAAGCACCCAAGUGAAGCUGCUGGAAAUUUGUUCCUGGCCUAAUUUGGCGCCCUUCCAGCCCGAGUAUUGUAAGGGAAGGAAAUUUACAAGAUUAAAUAGGAAAUGAAACAGCUUGAAUUUCAAACGAAAUUGUGUUUUCAAAGCUGUCCUUAACUGAACAGUCAAAACUUUUAAAAACAAUUGCUACUACUUUGUGCCCCUCCCCUACACACUUAAAACGGAGAGGUUUUAACACACCGGCAGCCCAGGUGAUGCCAACCUGAGUGUGGCCUUGUCACGUUCUCUAUAAACAAAAACAAAACGGCUUGCCUCAUGUGGACGAGGCUAUCCAUAUGUGAACUCAUCUCACCAAAAUGUGGUAUGAAUUCCUGACCUGAAGAGUCAGGUCCAUUCUGGAAGCCAUGGUACAUCAGUGUGCAGGGCAGCACCUCUGCCUCACUGCUCUGCUGCAUCCCCUCCUGCUCUCCUCUGUGGGCCGUGGCUUCUCUAGCUAGCUUCCCUCUCGUGUCACAUGCCGGGAGGGACUCUGGCCACGGCUGCGUGUCUUAUCAACAGGAUGAGAAGCAUGGACUCUGUGUUAAUGUCUUCCUCAGCCUCUGUGUCACCAGUCUGUUCUAGAGACAAAGGAGCCAUGCUGCCUGUGGUAUCAUGUACUGCUCAGUGACAGCAGAUUUCCGUCAGGCCCACCAUUCUUGCUCGGUGAAGACAGGGAGAUCGCCACUUACUUUCUCCUUAUGCAUAUUAAAAUGUAGUCAGACAUAGUGCUUUAUUUUGACCAUGUUUUAGAUUAAGCAGGAAUCUAAUAUAAAUUCCUUGUUUCUCCUGGCUGUUUCUUAAGAGAAAUUGCCAGACUCCAAAGGCAUUAAGACAUAGCCUCUCCAUAAAAAUUUUUGGUUCCCUUAUGAUGCAGAGCCAUUUUUAAAAGCUUUGAAGACUGAACAGAAGGGGAAGAUCUUUAAUUAACUGCCGGUGUGUAUUGAUCUCUUUGAGAGAAACUGAAAUAAGCUCUUUGCAGGUGUCCGAUCCUAGGAGCCACUGUCUCUCCAUCUCUCCUUCUACAUAAGUGUUUUUCUGAUUCUGUGAUAACUAAUUAACUAUCAUUUGGUGAUUAAAAGAACAUAAAGUGAGAGUCUGAUUAAGUGUCCUUCAGUGUAAACUCUGUGAGAAGUGAUUGGAGAGAAACACCUACCAACAAGCCCUUCUGGUUCCCAGUGAAACGCCGUCACCCGCCUGUCAGCUGCAGCCAAGACAAGCCCUGUACAUGGCAGCCGAGAGAUUUAUUCCUUUUAAAAUAGCCUAGGUCCUUGUUCCCCAUUUAUGAUGAUGUUUGAAGUGCCCGCCUCCUCUCAUUGUGCUCCUGUUCCUUCAGUGCCUACCCAGGUCAAAGUAUCGAGAUUGUCUUAGGAGAGGCCAGCGUCUUUUUUGAGAUUAGCUGUCCUCCGGCUUUUUUAAUAUAUGAAAAGGGGGUGACCCACAUUUAAUUUUAGAAAUUCUUGUAAGUCUUACAUCUUUUCCUUGUCUCCAGGAGGAAAGUGGGUUUGGGGGUUUUCUAAAGCUCUAAGAGAUACAAUACUGAAGGUGCCUUGUAGGUAGCUGUCUGCUAGCACUGCAGAGGAUCUGCUGCUGUAUUUCAAGGGUACCAUGUUUGAAUGGGUAGAUUCGGUUUGGGAUACACUGCAUGCCAACACGUCAGCAUCCCAGACGGCAACAGUUCACUGCCUUGUGUCCUUUCCUGUUGCAAGUGAAGUGGACGGGGUUCAUCUUGCACUUCUUCACUCAUCCAGAACCCGCAGAGACCAUGACCCACAGACCCUCAAAGUGGAAGACAGCACACUGUGUUGUCUCUAUAGCCAGGCCCUGUGUCUGUGGGACCCUGCAGGAGUCAUGAGGGAAUCCUCACUUAGGGAACCCUUUAACUCCGAUCUGACCUCCAUCCCUGCUUUAGAACAUGGCAGCCAGACAGGCUGACUUUUCACAUUACACUCAUUGGGCUGCUUGACCUGACUAGCAGUGGGAGCUAGGUCAUGGAAUGCCUUGCAGUCCCUCAUUUACAUGUGUUUUUAAGGGAUGAGCACCACAAUCUUUGUUUGAUUUCAAGAUACGUUCCUCUGCCUCUUACUAGCUCGUCAGUUUGUUUUUUUUAACCUUGUUUUUUUUUUGUUAUUUUGUCUUUUGUUGUUUGUUUGUUUGUUUGUUUGUUUUUCCAGAGCUGAGGACCAAACCCAGGGCCUUGUGCUUGCUAGGCAAGUGCUGUACCACUGAGCUAAAUCCCUAACCCCAGCUCAUCAGUUUUUAAGGACAAAAUGGGGUGUAUCUUUGAGGUUCAGUCUGUCAGCCAUGCCUUCCCUUGGUUUCCUUGGCUUAUCAAAAAAAGUUCAAUGAUAUGAUGCUUGAAAUAGCCUGUGAA